UAGUUCCUGCGAUCUUGACCUAAACAACAAAUAUGAAGUACUUAGUCGCUUGUGCCCUUUUGGCUUUUGCCAGUGCUGUUGCACAUGGACAUAGACAUAACCAACAAUGGUCACCGAUAGUCCGAUUCCAGCAACAAUCCAUGGGACUUGGCUCCAUUGUUCAACCAAUUGAAGUUCUCCAGAACAAUCAACAACAACAAAACAUUCUCUCGCAGUUGCCAUUGAGACAACAAGGAAACAACCAACAAGGACUCUGGUCAGGAUUGCAGUUGGAACAGCAGGUACCCCAACAACUUUCUGUUGAAAUUGGACAAGUAUUGCAACAAGCUCAACUUCAAAACAUGGAAAAACAAGGCAUCAGAAACAUUAUCGCUGAAGAAACCGCAGAAAAAAUCGUCCAAAAUGUCCUAAGAGCUCAAGAAAACCAAAUAACUGAAGCCAUCAACGUUCUUCAAAACAUUCUUCAACAACAAAACGUAGUAGUUUCACAAUCACAAUCUGUCAUCCAACAAGGUCAAACCCAAGGUGUCAUCGAAGCCAUUCAACAAUUGCAACAAAUUUUGCAAAAGAUCCAACAAGUCCAAGUUUUGGAACAUGUGCAAUUGAAAAAAUCCCUUGAAGCAGUUAUUGAAGCUCAAUUGAUUUCCCAACAAAUGCAGAUGAACGAUGUUCAAAUCCCUCUGGUAGCAAGCCAACAACUGCAAGUGCAAAUCCAGAAAUUGGUUUCUCAAAACAUCGUACAAGGAAUUCAAAGGGAAAUUGUAUCGCAACAAAACCUCGUCCAGCAGCUCCAACAGCAAGAACAAUUCGUUGACCAACAAAUCCAAAACGUGAGACUUCAAUUGGUCGUCGCUCAACAACAAGGACAAUUGCCCCAAGUUCAACAAUUGCAACAAGUUUUGCAACAAUUGAUUCAACAGGAAGGACAAUUAGUUGUUCUUCAAGUUGGCAGCCAAUUGGCCAUCCAAAAACUCCAACAAGGUCUCGUUGAACAAGCGCAACAGCUUCAACAAAACAUGGUUUUGCUGAAUUAAGAUAAGAAUUGCCUCAUCGUCAAUGCUAUGGCUACUGAUGUAACUGUUAAAUUAAAUUUUGUAAAAUAAAAUGAAUAUUUAUAUUA